AUGACGUCCAUAACCCCUCCAAAGCUCAAUGCGCUUGAGAUUCUCGACCUGAGCUCCCCGCCAGCUUUCACGAUACCCUCGAAGCGCAUCAACGAAGGCCCCGACGUCACUCGUUUUCUCACCAGCUUAGCCUACCGCGAUAUUGGCGUUUUCAUCCUCCAGCUCAACCGCGCUCUAUGUCCUCGAAACCAAACCUCAUCGCCCCUCCCCCGCACCUUUCCCCUCAACUCGAAACCAGCAACGACGCCGUCCGUUCAUACUCUACAAGCUCUUUUGGAAAAGAUUGGAAGCUUUAUCGAUGAAGCACCGCCUGACCCAGGUCCUAGACGAUUUGGAAAUGUUAGUUUUCGCAAGUGGCAUGCUAUCUUUGAGGAGCGUUUGGAUGCGCUGCUUGACGAGGGGCUGCUAGGGGAAACACUGAAAGUGGGCGAUGGCAAGGCGAAAGAGGAGGUCUCAAGCUACCUUCUUGGUGGUUUCGGCAGUGUACAGCGAUUAGACUAUGGAACGGGACAUGAACUGAGCUUUGUCGCUUUCCUCGGCUGUCUAUGGAAGUUGGGUUUCUUCAAGGAUGGAGAACAAGGAGGAGAGAUUGAGCGCGAGAUUGUCCUCAAGGUUAUUGAACCUUACCUCAACGUUGUGAGGAAACUUAUUCUAACCUAUACCCUCGAACCUGCCGGCUCACAUGGCGUCUGGGGCCUCGACGACCACUCCUUCAUGCCUUACAUUUUUGGCUCUGCACAAUUUACACGACCGAUCAAUGAGAACGAACCAAUGCCCUUAGAGGGAUCCGUAAAGGGUGCUCCGAAGCCCAGCGAUGUUACAAAGGCAGCCGUAGUAGAGGAUCAACGCCAAGUCAACAUGUACUUCUCAGCCAUUGGCUUCAUCAACGACGUGAAGAAGGGUCCAUUUUGGGAACAUAGUCCGAUUCUGUUCGACAUCUCGGGCAUUCGCGACGGUUGGGGCAAGAUCAACAAGGGCAUGAUCAAGAUGUUCAAUGCUGAAGUGUUGUCAAAGUUUCCCGUUGUCCAGCACUUUCCAUUCGGGUCGUUGUUCUCUUGGGACGUUGACCCUGAUGCAGCAACCCCAACUCAGAGCGUUCAUAUGGCAAACCAACCAGCGAUGGCACCACCAGCACCCUCAGGACCUGGAACAGCCGCGCCAUGGGCUCAAGCUACAAGAAUGCCACCAUCGUCAGGCCCUGGCAUUCCCUAUUCACGUAUGCCACCACCGGGUCCUAACUCAGGGUCUCUUGCAAGGCCAUCCAGAGGCGCAGGGUCUACGGACGCACAAAUCACUGUCACCAAAGCGCCAUGGGCUAGAGAUUCAUGA